AUGGAAACAAGAAAAUUGAGGAAACAGACACCUAAAGGCAUGGGGCUGUAUCACCAGCGUAGUAACGAGUUGUUCGAGGAAUUCAAAAAAUGUGUCAGUGGUCUAGAAACAUAUAUUUCAUCAAACUAUGGUUUAUCUAUCAGCAGUUCAAUAUCUAGUCUGAACAAGUGUACAGACCAAUGUAAAGAGCUACAUCAAGACGUUCAAACGGCAUAUGCUGAGUAUAUGAAGUAUUUAGAUGGUGUCAAAACAAAAGAGAGUGAAACUGAAAUGGCACGGUUGGACAAUUCGUAUGAAGAAGUUGAGAACAAAAUUGCAAAAAAAAAUAAGUGUAAGUCUGAAGAAGAAAGGCAGAAGUUUCUGUUCGAAAACAAAUUGUGUUAUCGGUGUUAUUCUGGAGACCACCAGGCUCGUGAUUGUAAAGUUUCACAGAAAAAGACGGAGCAGCAUGGUGGGGAGAGACAGCGCUCGUCUGCCGGGCGGAAUGACAGACUACAAUCUACAGAUCAAAAACAGAAAGUUGACAACAAGUGUGCUGAAAUUUGUGGUGAUAAUAUUGUUGGUAAAUCUUGUGCUAAAAUUAUGCUGGUUUAUAUUUACACAAAAGAUAACCCAGAUAAUUAUGUUCAGUGCUAUGCUACCGUUGAUGAGCAAAGUAAUAGGUGUCUGGCAAAGCCAGAAUUGUUUCAGUUAUUAAAUGUCACUGGUAAAUCUGUUGAAUAUACAAUGUCUCGAUGCAAUGGAAUUUCUGUCAAAUCUGGUAGAGAAUUAAACAAUUUGGUUGUUGAAUAUAUUGACAAAAGUGUUCAGUUUGAACUUCCUACUGUUAUAGAAUGUCAGGACAUACCUAGUAAUAGGAAUGAGAUUCCUACACCGAGUGUGGCAGCCAAUCACCCACAUUUGUCAAACGUAGCCCCUUUAAUCCCAGAAAUAGAUAGUAAUGCAAAAAUGUUAUUAUUACUUGGUCGAGACAUCCCAGAUGUACAUCAUGUCCUAGAUCAACGCUUAGGGCCAAAAGGUUGCCCAUUUGCACAACGUCUGCCCCUUGGCUGGGUUGUCAUAGGUGAAGUGAGACCGUGUACAAACAUUGAUCGUGAUCAUAUGUCUACAUAUGAUUAUGAUUUUGUGUUCGCUCUUGAUGUCCGCCAUGAUGACAAAGCGUCUUUGUCCAUAGAUGACCGUGACUUCCUCUCCAUAAUGAACAAAGAGUUUGUCAUUGAUUCACAAGAUAGGUGGUCAGCCCCCCUUCCCUUCAAAACACCAAGGUCUAGACUUCCUAACAACAGAGUCCAAGCACUUCAAAGAGCAAAAUGUCUUCAGGCAAACUUGAGCAAACGUCCCCUUAAAAGACAACAUUUUGUUGAUUUCAUUGGCAAGUUACUAACUAAUGGUCAUGCUGAAAAAGCACCAAGGUUAGAUGAUAGUACUGAGUGCUGCCUUCUGGGUGUUCUGCUUAGAUUUAGACGUGAGUUAGUUGCAGUUUCGGUAGAUGUAGAACAGAUGUUUAACUGUUUCCGUGUACAUGAGAAUGACAGGAAUUACUUAAGAUUCUUUUGGCAUGAGGAUAAUGAAACUUCAAAGCCUCUUAUAGAGUACCGUUUGUGUAAACAUGUGCUUGGCAACAGCCCGUCUCCGGCUAUAGCAAACAAUGGGUUAAGGAAGGCUGUAGAGAAAUCUGAUGAUGAUGUAGUACAUUUUGUCGAGAGAGAUUUCUAUGUAGACGAUGGGUUAAUGUCAUGUCUUACUGUAUCUGAAGCAACCGAUUUGCUUCAACGCACUCAGUCACACCUGGCAAAAUCCGGGAUUCGUCUUCAUAAGAUUGCGUCUACCUGA